ACAAACUUGAAAUACUUUUCCGUUGAGGUGCAGAAGCUUUCAGAUAUUUUGAUGUAUCAGAUCAAGAAAUAAAGUCUAGAAAAAUUAAUUACUUGCUUGUGAUGGUUUAUAGACCUCAAUAAAUACCGGCUUACAGGAGACAAAAGAGGAUCCUAUCCUGAUAUUCUUUAUUCAUCAUUUUGGAACACGACACACGCAAAAGAUGAACAUCUUCAAUAGACUGACGCCUCGCUACAUCACCCUGAUUUUCAGCUUCAUGACUAUCCUUCUUUUGUUCACCCAAAACCCGAUCGAUAAUACUGUAGAUUCCUUUGAUGACUCGAUCUUUCAAGCUUCAUGCUCCUGUAAAUCUUGCGUCAUGGGUUUUAUGGACGAUGACUGGUUCAUUUAUCGAUACGACCCCAGCAUUACACCUCUGCUGAACAGAAAAAACAGCGUGUUACGUCGAGACACCUACAGAUGGUGGAGGGGUCUACAGCCAUCAAUGUUCAGGAUCAACUACACAGAGGUGGUGGAUCAGAUGUUUCUCUCUUCCCUGAUAAAGAGCACUACUCAGACGCCGGUCCAGAUCGCUGCAGAACCUGUGCUGUGGUGGGAAACUCUGCAAACCUUCUGGGAUCCCAUUAUGGGUCUCUAAUAGAUUUCCAUGAUGUUGUGAUUAGGAUAAAUAAAGGCCCGACAAAAGGUUAUGAGAGGGAUGUGGGGUCAAAGACAACUCACCGGAUUCUGUAUCCUGAAAGCGCCAUGGACUUGGACAACUCAACCCAUUUGGUGCUUUUUCCCUUUAAGAUUCGCGACAUGCAGUGGCUCAUAAGUACCUUCACCACUAGACACAUCACGCGCACCUACACACGAGUCAAACCUUCAAUCAAAGCAGAUGAGAACAAGGUGAUGGUCCUCCAUCCUGCUUUCAUAAAAUACGUCUAUGAAAAAUGGCUUCUGAAACAUGGCAGAUAUCCAUCUACUGGCUUCAUUACAAUAAUAUUUGCCAUGCAUAUAUGUGAUAAGAACAAUGACUAA